UUGAGCAAAAUGCAGCUCGUAGUUUUCGCCGUGGUGCUUAUUCUACCAUCUUUUCUAAGCGGGGAAUCGUUUUCUUCAUACACCGAAGUUUCCAACGAAUGCGAGUUAUUAAUUAGAGAAGGCGGAGACAGUAUAUGCUCUGAGCAAGAAACUAAAUACGAAACCUUUGAUCCAAGAACAUGCACUGUGAUAUGCCAAACGGGAGAAACGACGGAGUUGCCAGAAGGGGUGUGCUCGGGCGGUAAAAUGGAGUGCACUUCAGAAGAAGUAAAAAUACAGCUUAGAGACUGGCUGACCGAUAUUUGGGAAAGGAGUGCAUAA